CCGACCGUACGCGGAGGCUGCAAAUGUACCAAUUUUCCGAAGGUCUACCGCCGCCAAGAUGGAAAUCAUAAAAUUUUAAUUUUUCCGCAGAAUCACUUAGUGCAACACCAGAUUCAACUCUAAUCAUGGUUUAAGCGGGCGAGUCAUCGUGCGAGUGUAAAAUCAAGUGAAACGCGAAUGAAUUCUUGAAGAUCCACCAUCAAUUUUCGCAUUACUAUUGAUUUCUACCAUUGCAAAACCCAUAAUCCUUCCCAAAACCAGCUCUAUCCAUCUUGGCGGUGAUCUACUUUUGAACCCCACUCGGUCUUCCAACGUUUUCUAGCGGUUUUAACGUUUCUAGUGAUAUAUAUAGUGACGUGCCAAUCGACGGUCUUCCACGUAGUUUUAAGACGAGACCAUGAAUCGCUUGGGGAGCAUUAAGCUGCCGCCGCUGGCGGCGGCGGUCAACGUGGCGGGACAAACCUUCAGGCAGAUCAUACCGGAUAGGUCUGGGACGAGGGAGGAACAGCCGGGGGAGAGGGUGCAUUUCGCCCAAAUCAACCAGAACCACACGUCCCACGGUGGAACCUCGGACGAACACCACGAGAUGAGUAACAUGAAGAGCACUAACCCGUUUCUGAACAUGCAGGAGACAAACCUGGAGGCGGAGGACAGCUUCAACGAAGCGGGGUACCAGAAGGAGAGUCGUCAGAGCAGGAUGUCUUCGGUUGAUUUUUCUGAGACUUCCGAUUUUGUUGAAGGGAAGAGUGAUAUUAAGAUCAACGAGUACCAGGCGGCGUGGAAUGUAACCAAUGCUAUUCAGGGAAUGUUCAUAGUAUCAUUGCCGUUUGCCGUUCUCCGAGGAGGCUACUGGGCCAUAGCCGCCAUGGUCGGCAUCGCCUACAUUUGCUGUUACACCGGAAAAAUCCUCGUAGAGUGUCUUUACGAAUUUGACAUCCAAACCGGCAGACAAGUCAGGGUUCGAGACUCGUACGUUUCGAUCGCCAAAGAAUGCUUCGGGAAAAAAUACGGAGCCAAAAUCGUCAAUAUAGCUCAAAUCAUAGAACUCCUGAUGACGUGUAUUUUAUACGUAGUAGUGUGCGGAGACCUCAUGAUUGGGACAUUCCCUGAAGGAGCCAUCGACACGAGGUCUUGGAUGAUGGUGGUAGGAAUUUUUCUAAUCCCACUAGCAUUUCUGAAGUCUCUGAAGAGCGUGAGCCUCCUCUCCUUCUGGUGCACGAUGGCUCACAUCUUCAUCAACGCCAUCAUCAUCGGGUAUUGUCUUCUGUACAUCGGCGACUGGGGUUGGGGCAAAGUGAAAUGGCAUCUAGAUCUGGAAAAUUUCCCCAUCAGUUUAGGAGUGAUCGUCUUCUCCUACACCUCCCAGAUUUUCCUACCAACCCUUGAAGGCAAUAUGGAAGACCCAUCAAAGUUUCAGUGGAUGCUAGACUGGUCCCAUGUAUGGGCAGCCGUGUUCAAAGCCCUCUUCGGCUACAUCUGUUUCCUUACUUUUCAAAACGACACCCAACAGGUCAUCACCAACAAUUUACCAUCGGCGGGUUUCAAAGGUUUAGUCAACUUGUGUUUAGUUGUCAAAGCCUUACUUAGCUACCCUCUCCCUUACUACGCAGCUUGUGAGCUUUUGGAGAGAGCUUUCUUUAGAGGUAAGCCCAAAACACCGUUUCCUACUAUUUGGGCUUUAGAUGGAGAAUUGAAAGUUUGGGGGUUGGCGGCAAGGAUAGGUGUUGUUGUUUUUACGAUUCUCAUGGCUUGUUUUAUCCCCCAUUUCGCCAUUUUGAUGGGUUUUAUUGGGAGUUUCACUGGAACGAUGCUGAGUUUUAUUUGGCCUUGCUAUUUUCACUUGAAGUUGAAGAGGGAAGGGAUGGAUAGUAGGACUGUAGCUUUCGAUUAUUUUAUUAUAUCGUUAGGUAUUCUUUUUGGUGUUAUAGGGAUUAUAGAUUCUGGGCGUGCUUUGAUUAACGCGUUUUCUAUCGGUCUUCCAUUUUAAACACCCACAAGUUGAUCAGUAAAUAUGGAAUUUAGUGCUAAAUACUGUCAAUUCGUAAGCUUCUAGUCUACAAGCGCAAUAACAAAUAAAGUUCAAUUAUUUAUGAUACGAAAGAGUUUCAUAUUUACUGAAGUGUGAGCAAAUAUGUACUUUGUGGGAUUUCAACGAGUCUUCCAUUUACUGAUAGUAAAGUUUGCCUUCGACGCCCUUACAAAACGAAAAUUUGAAAUUUGUCUUCCAGUUAGAGUAUUAUAAAGAUAUUAGAUGUAUAUCUCAAUCUAGUAUUGCUAAGUAUUUACUGAUAUACGUAUUACUAAAAUUUGACGAGACAAAGCUCGAUAUGAAUUUUGAUUUUACAUGGUAGUGUUUUGGAAGAUAAUUUUAAUGUUAUGUUAUGACUGACAAAAAAAAUCUCAGAGCAACGCGAAUUGAAAAAUAAAGUCUGUUAAAAUUUCCAAACCACAUCAUAUUUGCUCCUUUUAUUUAAAGGGUAGCCAACAAUGAAAACCAGAUCCAUCUCACAUUUGUAGUUUUCAAUUUUCAGCAGCUUAGGGUGACGUGACAGUAACAUCAGCAGAUGAAGGAUGUGAUACGUAGAAUUCUAAAAAAGAAAAACGCAAUACUUCUCUUUGGUGAAUUAUUUCACAAAAAGUUGUUAUAUGCAAAAGAGUUUUUUCUAAUCUCUCCGAAUACUAUAAGAAAACAACUAUUAAAAAUCGAAAAGUUUCCACUGCAAACUUUUCAUUUUUAACGUGAGAAAUUUGCAAUUUUUUGUAUAAAUGUAGUUUGUUUACUCCCAUUUUAUAUGCAGCGUGUUAUUGAAAGGUACGUACAAAAUAAAAUCGGCAAUUGGUCUCGAAG